GCGAUCGUGUGCUUUCGACCACUUCCGACUGUUGCAUGACUCAUUACUGUCAGAUUGUGUCAGAUUUUGGUGCGACCGGUGGUCGCGUUCCGUCGGAGCGCAUUCUCCGGACACCGUUCCUUGUCCACGGUUCAGCACCUCACGGAUCAUCUGCGUAUCAGUAUUUGCUACGCGAUCAUCCAGCAAAUUCUGAUCGCACGAUAAUCUCUGUCGUGCUCGACACCACGUAACCUCUCGCGCAGCGCGACAAAUAAUCGUCAGUCCCGUAUUUGUCACGAGGCAACCUGACGAUUCGAUCGUCACCCUCGGGAGUAGGUCACGGACCGAUUAUCGCGCAUCAUUGGUUCCACGUGGAGCCGCGAUGCGCGAUUGUGUCGUGCGACUUAACCGUGCUGAAACGCGCUGAAACAAGAAGGCCAGCUCGUGGAAAAUUUCACUCCGUAAACACCGUACGCGAGGAGAAGAAAACUCGAACGAUUGAGGUUAUAUUUGCUGAGCUGAGGAGACGAGAGGUACGUGCGGGACGAACGUAGAAAGUUGAGCUGCAUCUGUACGAAGUUUACACUGGGCUAUAUGGUAAGGAUGAACAGGAAAAGCAACUGCGCAACAGCCAGAUUGAAACAGGACUACCUACGCCUCAAGAAGGAUCCGGUACCGUACGUUCUUGCGGAGCCAGUACCCUCAAAUAUACUGGAAUGGCACUACGUGGUAAUAGGACCAGAAAAGACUCCAUACGAAGGUGGCUUCUACCAUGGGAAGCUCAUAUUUCCCGGCGAGUUUCCAUUCCAACCACCUAGCAUCUACAUGACUACUCCAAACGGUCGGUUUAAAGUUAAUACGAGAUUGUGCCUGUCCAUUUCUGAUUUUCACCCUGACACGUGGAAUCCGGCGUGGAGCGUAUCUACUAUUCUUACUGGCUUGCUUAGUUUUAUGAUUGAAAAGAGUCCCACGCUUGGUAGCAUUAACACGACAGAUUACGAGAAAAGGCAACUAGCUGCUCAAAGCUUAGAAUACAAUCUAAAGGACAAGAUGUUCUGCGAACUCUUCCCGGAAACUGUAGAGACGAUCAAAAGCGAGCUGGAACGUCGGAAAGAGCUGGAGAAGCAAGCGAGGCAUCAGUCUACCACGUCCGAGGUUUCCUCCCUGAUACGAGACCAGUUGCACAGGGAACAGGGUCCGUUGCAUAGCGCGCUGGCGAAUCUCUUUGUCAUUAUCGGUUUCGCGGCGUUCGCGUACACGGUAAAAUACGUAAUAAGGAGCAUAGCAAUGGAAUAAAGGAAAACGGAGUAGAGAUUUCCAAUGUCGCCGGGAAAAACGUGAAACGAGAGAGCUGUGACGAUCACACGCGCGCGUCUUGGAUCGAUUGAUACUCGAUACAACGUGGAGCAAGAAGACAUAGGCUUCAGCCAAUACUCGCCCGUCAAUUCACCACACAGUGCGAAUCGAUGCGGCGCCGAAGGCCUCGCGCAGUUCAGAACUUUUGCCAGUAAAUCGCGUGAGAGAGUAGUUUGAUAGAUUUUUUAUAUCAGAAUAUCGGGUGUAAGAUACAAGUACUGUAUUAUAAUAUCGCGCGAACUUUCCGCUCGCUAGCCAUUGAUACGGAAAAAAAAGUAUGAGUGUCGUAAUCUCUCUUAGCUCGAGUAAAGCGUGUGUGCGAGAUGAAAAACAAUGUAAACGUAGUGGCCUCCUGCCUUUUUUAUACUGGACUUGCACUUCUUCAAGCGUGACUUGUGUAAGUAGAGGAGCAGGCAUCUUCACUUACGAUCUGCAGCGUUCUUCCUUUUAUUGGAUUCCAUGCCUUUUACGAUUGAUUGAAUCCAAAGAAACGUUAUAUGUUAUCAUACCGUUUGCCUAGCCCUUUUACGGCGAGUUUCUCCAAUAGAAAUGCACAAAUUUGCUGCACUUUGCGACGUGCCAAUAAGACUAAGUCCGGAACUGAUGACGAAAUAUGUGAUUGAACGAUCAGAUUAUGCUUCGUAGUCUAGCUUGUUCCGUUCAUGGAGUGGAUCUAUUUUAUAAGCAUAAGAAGAAGGCGUCAAGAAACACGAUAAUGCCUCGACGCCAAUAACGAAAAUUAAUCGACCGAAAGCAAUUGUAUUCAUUGUAUCAGCGAUUAUCUUGUGACUUCCUCUUUUAAAAGUUUUGCAGAUUGAUAUUCCUUAUUUACAUUGAUUAUUAAAAUGGCUCGUAGAAUUAUUCCUAUGCGAAAUGCGAAUUUCUUCCAAUAAAACAUCCGAUGUUUCUUUUGACGAAAUAAGAUGUAAAGAAUAUACGUUUCCAAUUCAAAGACAUCCUCACCGCUCUUCCAGGACUAUUUAUAUACCGAAAAAAAGAGACUCAAUUUUAUGUAAUUUUUCCAAGAAAAUGCUGAACUGCAAUCUGGAUGUACUGAGAGUAAUAUAUGAUGAAUAUAUGAUCUUUUAUUGAUGAAAUAUUGGUCAUUUCUACUAAUAAUCUUCUGUCAAAUGAAUAAUUAUUUAACAGUUUGCAACGUUUUUUUUUAGUUCCUCACUAUACCGUUAAUAUUGAUAAAGAGAAAUAUAAAAUAUAAAACUUUAAUACAAUAUUAAUUUUCCUAAUAAAAAAAUAAUUUUUUUUUAUUUUACUUGCUUUUACCGACGACUCUUUCUGCGGACCACGCAGUUGUCCGUUUUAUUCUAUAUUCCCUAAUAAUCGAUAAAGCGAAUUCCCCAUGUGUGCUGAUACAUAUUCUAUCAUCAUAUGUGUAAACAUGCGUAGAUAUCGUAAUUAAAACACAUUACAAUAAAACUACAAUAAAAUUAUGUAUAUAAAUACGACAUAUUGUAAGUGUGGAAUAUAUAGUUUACUUACUUGAG